AUUAAAUGUCGCGCAUCCCAUUCUACUUAAAAUAUGGUAUUCCUGUUAUGGGUUCCUUCUUUGUAGCCAAGAAGGUAGAUUUAAGAAGCUUAGUUCCUUUUAAGCCCCGAACAGCUCAUGCUGAUACAGAUUUGUUCCUAGAUGAAGCUGUUCUUCCUGAAUUCUCGAUUGAAUUGGAAGAAUUGGGGGAAUAUCAAAGAAACAAGUAUCAAUUCUCUCUCAAGACUAGAGAUCAACAUCUUAAGGAAAUGAUGAGUGGUGAGGAAUACGAUAUUGUUGUUAUCGGAGCAGGAGCUAGCGGUGCUGGGGUCGCCCUUGAUGCAGCAAGCAGAGGCCUGAGAGUAGCAGUAAUUGAUAAAAAUGACUUUGGCUCAGCUACCUCCUCAAAAUCUACGAAAUUAGCGCAUGGUGGGAUUAGAUACCUCGAACAAAUGUUUAAAAGACAAGGUAAUGUUAAGCAAAGUUACGCAUUAUUGAAGGAAGCAUUAGCAGAGAGGAACUAUUUCUUAGAUUCAAAUCCGUUCCAAAACACAGAAGUAAAGAUUGUGAUUCCUGACAAAUCUUUCUUAAGCACAGUAUUCUACAAUUUCCCUGGCACACUAGUGUAUCACUUGAUUUAUCUGAUUAACUCAAUGAAUCAUGAAUCUCAGAGUUCUAUUCACGGCCCAAAAGUUGUGUCUCCGUGGGGAAUCAGGAAGUUGUUUCCUAAGAUCGAAAUGAUCAAGAAGUAUUGGGGAACCAUGAUGCAUGAGGGUCAGUUCGUAGACACUAGACAAGCCCUGAACUGUCUCCUUACAUCAACUAUUGACAAAUACGACCCAGGCUUCAGAGGGUCGAAUAUCGCAAAUUAUGUGAGUUUUAAAGAUUUUGUCAAGGAUAAAAAUGGCAAAAUUACUGGUGUCCGAGUCUGUGAUGACCUCAAUCAAACAUGAUUUGAGAUGAAGACUAGAUGAGUGAUCAACUGUACAGGAGUUUUUGCAGAUCAAAUCAGAAUUAAAGACAACCCUGAUGCAAAGAUGAGGAUGUGUGCUAGCAGAGGAACCCAUGUCGUGUUGAAAAAUGACUGCCUUCCUAAAGAUACAGGAAUUAUUCUGAAUGACACCUCAGAUGGCAGACUGAUAUUUAUUCUUCCUUACCAAGAUCAUAUGCUUAUUGGUACAACCGAUGAUAUGCAAGAGGUUGCUGAAUAUCCAAGAGCAGCAGAGGCAGAUGUCGAGUUUAUUAAGAAUGAAGUCCAAAGAAUAUUCGGAGAUGAAUUCGACUUUGAUAGCCACCUCAAGUCUAAAUUUGCUGGGUUAAGGCCUCUCUGUCUAGAGACUCCAAUUCCUCAGGAAGAAUAUGAAGAAAAAGUAAAGACUCUCAAGUCUAAAGAUUUAUGCAGGAGUCAUAUAAUCGAUGUCUCCGAUAGCGGACUGAUCUCUCUUCUCGGGGGAAAAUGGACUUCAUACAGAGUCAUGGGAGAAGAGACUGUAAGUAAGGCAAUCACAACUCACCACUUGAAUAACAUUAUUAAUGAGGAGAGCAAAGUGAGCAAGCUCAAGCUUCUUGGAUGUUAUUCUAAGCUGGAACUGAGAGACAAUAUGGCUUUGGGACCACAAGAAGUUGCUACAAAAUACAAAAACCAACUACUUUUCUUGCAAGAUAUCCCUGUUGAUAUAUCAGAAAGGCUCAUUGAGAAUUAUGGACCAGGCCCAAGUCUAAGAAUCAUUGAAAAAGGUGGCCAAACUCCAGCUUUUGGAAUCAAGCAGGAUAAGAACAAAGAGUUCAAAGGAGCUAAUGUGAGAAUCCAUCCUGACUUCCCUAUUCUUGAGUCUGAAUUAUAUCAUCAUAUGGACAAUGAGAUGGCUGUGAGACCAGAUGAUAUUAUUAACAGAAGACUAGGGUUAUCCUUUGUAGAUCAAAAGGUAAGAUCUCAAUAAACCCUUCUUUAGGCUGCAGAUGAAGUUUCCCAAAAAGUCGUUGACAUUAUGGCAUCCCAUCUAAAGUGGAGCUCAAGCAAGAAAAAAGAGGAACUUGAAAGAGUCA